ACUUGUACGGUGGAUAAUCUUUGACUUGUACCAAGUAGUUCAGUAAAAUUUUCUAUGAGUAUCAGUAAAAUGGGAAUUAACUGGUUUAAAUUUUAACUUUUAUUGUGAAAAUUUCUUGAUUUUUUGAGAAUAUAGAAAGGCCGUUAAAAUAAGUAAUUGUUAGUGGGUUUAUGAAAAAUUCUAGGUAAUAAAUGCAGUAACAUUGCAGACACGACUUAAAAGCGUCCUAUUAUAUUGUAUUUUUAAAAUGAAAUUGCUUAACUUUGAUAUAUCUUUACUAUUUGUAUGAUAAUAAUUUUCACAUAAGUCUUUGUUUUCAAUUUUUUUUAUUAUUGUAUUGUUUGGUAUUAACAAUUUAAUCAAGUAUUAUUAAAAUGACGAGUAAAGUGUUAGAAGCCUGGGAAUCCGUAACCUCAAAUUUGCCCGAUAGAUCAAAUGAUUGGUGGGCGAAAUUAUCAGAAAAGUAUGAGGCGGACGGAAGAAGCUACCAUAAUAUUGACCACUUGACCGAAAAAUUGGAACAUUUUGAAAACGUCAAGAGAGACUUAAAAAAUCCUAGUGCAGUGUGUUUGGCUAUAUUUUUUCAAUAUUUUUACUAUGAUCCAAAGGAAGUUGAUUGUGAAGAAAAGAACAUUGAAUUCUUCAAGCAGUUUGCAGAUGAAUGUAACAUUCCACAGGAGUCCCCCCUGCACGGCGAGGUAGUGCGGCUACUGCGUGGUGCUGCCACCAACAGCACGGAGGAACACAAGACAGAGGGCGCCCACGGAACGGAUGACCUUCACUACCUGCUCGACGUAGACAUGGCCAUCCUGGGGGCGCCCGAGGACCGUUACUCAGAGUACGCCCGCAGAGUGCGCCAGGAGUACGCCUUUCUCAGCGACUCCAUCUACAACCAGCUUAGAGUCAAGGUGCUGCAGAAUUUUUUACAAAUUCCAAACAUAUUUGCAACCAAAAUAUUUCGUGAGAAGUUUGAAAAGCAGGCACGGCUGAAUAUCCAGAGAGAAGUGGAUGGUUUGAAACCACAGAACUGAUAUUACCAGACCAGUUUUUCAUCUUGAUCUCAAAACGGUUGGCUGUGCACGCAAUGCUAGUCUUGGCGGUGGCUGUGAGAACUAGUGGCAACAGGACACUAGCUGUGAAUGUAGUCAACUGCAAAAAGUCUGCUGGCAUUUUAUUUUUGUAUUUCCUUAGUUUUUGUGUUUCCUUAGUUUUUGUGUUUGUGUAAUUUAUUUUGAUAUGUUUUUUUGAUGUUAUAUUAUACUGUGACUCUGUAGUCGUAGCAUACUAUAUGUUUAUAUAUUUAAUACAUAUAUAUUUUAAUGUUUACAUUGUUGUGCGUGUAUUUUCACGUAAUGUAUUCAUUUCAGAUUGUCUAUAAAUUCAAUUUGGCAAAAGAUUUAUAUACCCUAAAGUUUUUAAAAGUCUCUACUGAGUCAGAAAAAUUGUAAUGUUAUUCAUUUUAUAUGAGAUAUGUAAACUACUGCUGCUUAAGAGGUUUGGUAAGAAAGCAAAACUUUAAGGAAGGUGCUCCUAAGGCUGCUGUUUGCAAAAUGUUUUCUUUAGUGACUUGCACAUGCCAUUGUAACUUAUCCAAGUGUUUAGUUUGUACUACAUGUUUCGAGCUUGAGGUGUUUUAUGCAGCAUUCCAAAGACCUGGUUCACUGCCAAUGUCAUUCAGUGCCUCUUCAUACACAAAACAAAUCUCUGUUUUCAAAAUGUUAAAAAAAAAAUGGAAUUGAAAUCUAGUGUUAAGGUUUAAACUGAUAGAUGAUAUUAAACCUCUCUGAUGAACCCAGAUAUUAUGCAACUAUGCACUCCUAAUUCUCAGAAAGUUAAUACUUGUGUAAAACACUUUUUUUUUUUUUUCAAAUGUUACAUUAAACAUAAUUUGUAAGUAGGGAAAUAUGGCAGAUGUCUCCAUGAGCUAGUGAGUUUUCUUGGAGUACUCCUGUUUCCCCUAUCCAUGCAUUUUAUCACAGUUCCAUUCUCAACUCAUUGCAAAUAUAAGCCUGCAAUAUGAGGUAUGUGUAUUAAUAAGUAAUGAGACUGAUCUUUUAAUAUAGAUUUACAGUUAAAUUUUGUCUCCCUCAAAAUAAUCUGCUUGGGAAGCCUCUCAGUACUGGAGAUGGUUCUUUUAGUCCUCAUAGCAAUGCUAGAACUUAGAUAGGUACUGAAAUAAUAGCCUUCAGCUGGACAAUUACAGCUGUUUGAAUGUUUUUGAAUGUCCCAUAAUGACGUCUCUUGAGAUGAUUUGUACAUCUCGGGAAGAGGAAAAAGUCACAAUAUUAUCUUUGAAAGAUUUGUGCAA